UUUGGUAAGUUCUCUCUAAUAGCUUUGAUCUCUCUAACAGCUCCGAUCAUCUCAGAUUGAUUUGGUUGGUGUCCGAUCAUCGUUUUGGUCACAAUAGUAUGGACGUUGGGUUUGAUUUCGCGGUUGCACCUGCUUCCACCAUUGUUCACCGUGAAAAUUGGGUGCCAUGUGAUAGUUGUGGGACAUGGCGACUACUGCCCCUUGGCCUGAAUACUGAGAAGCUGCCUGAUAAGUGGCUGUGUAGCAUGCAAACGUGGCUGCCUGGAAUGAACCACUGUGGUGUCAGCCAGGAAGAGAUAACAAAGGCUAUUAUACCCUUUCAUGCUAGUGAGGCUCAUGGUCCUGAAAAUGGUGUCAAACUCCUCUCUGGUGCUAGUAAUGCUGGUAAAAGCUACCAACCAUUAACUUCUGGUUCAUUGCCAAAUCCAGUUGAAAAGAAGUCUAACAUGAAAGACUUUUCUCAAGGACUUCCAAGCAAUAUCUUGGUUGAUGCUGCAACACCUAUGAAAAGUAGCCCACAUGUUCUUAAAAUAAAAAAAACUUGAAGCUGUCAGGAGAAACGCCUAAUGCUACUCAGAUAUCCACUGACUUUGGUGUGUCGCAUGAUUUUGUUCAGGAUAAGGUUGACCAGAGUUCGCAGAGCACUCUCACCUGAUACUUCUUCACAUCUCUUCGCCUCCUCUGCGACAUUUAUUAAUUUACAUCUCUGUUACUAUAGUUUGGAAAGUUUCGAUUUUGUCUGAAGUGUAUCUUCUCUGGUUUGCUGAAACAAAUACAAUUGGAGACCUGAAUUGAAGACUUAAUCCUGAGAAGAUUCCUUAAAGUUGAGUUUUUUUUUUUUUUGUUUUUUUAAACAAAACAAGAAGUCUUGAUAGGCCAUAUAAUGUGAGUGGUGAAAGAAUAUUAAAAUGUCUACAUCUAUAGACUGAUUCCUAAUCUUCUUUGGAACCUGUUGUGGUGCGUCUCAUACGGACACAAAGUCUUUUUUGAUCAAAAAAAGUUGAAAACUUUAAAGGCGAUAAUGCCAUCACUUUGGUCUAACGAGUCCGAUGGGUUACGAGAACAUCUUGUGGACGUUGUUGUGUCGUCCGGUUCAGAAGAACCAAAGAUUCGUGUACAUGAUCUGACCCGAGUCGCCGAUGAUGGAUCUCGGAUCUUGAAAGGAGUCAGUAUUGAUAUACCGAAAGGUAUGAUCGUUGGUGUGAUUGGACCUAGUGGAAGUGGGAAGUCAACUUUUUUGAGAUCUCUGAAUCGUCUUUGGGAACCGCCGGAGUCAACUGUUUUCUUGGAUGGUGAAGACAUAACCAAGGUUGAUGUUAUCACUCUUCGUCGUAGAGUUGGAAUGCUUUUCCAGCUUCCUGUUCUCUUUCAAGGGACUGUUGCAGAUAAUGUGAGAUAUGGUCCGAAUUUGAGAGGGGAGAAGCUAAAUGACGAAGAGGUUUAUAAGCUGUUAAGUCUUGCUGAUCUUGAUGCUUCUUUUGCUAAGAAGACUGGUGCAGAGUUAUCUGUGGGUCAAGCUCAACGAGUAGCACUUGCUAGGACUCUAGCCAAUGAGCCUGAGGUGUUGUUGUUGGAUGAACCAACAAGCGCUCUGGAUCCGAUAUCGACAGAGAACAUUGAGGAUGUUAUAGUGAGACUGAAGAAGCAGAGAGGGAUUACGACUGUGAUGGUUUCUCAUAGUAUCAAGCAGAUUCAGAAAGUUGCUGAUGUCGUUUGCCUUGUUGUUGAUGGUGAGAUUGUUGAAGUUCUUAAACCGAGUGAGCUUUCGCACGCUAAGCAUCCAAUGGCUCAGAAGUUUCUUCAACUCAGUAACUGAGACCAAUUUCUAAUUGUCCUGCAAGUCAUUUGCUACUUUUAUUUUUCUUGAAUGUGUUAAUAAUCUCUUUUGAGAGAGGACAAAUGCUGUCUGAAUGUAACAACACCUUUUCUGGUUUAUGUCUUUUUAUC